UCUAAGUGCAGCUGAUAGAAAUCAUAACAAAACAAUGUUUUUCGAUAUUAGGUGGUUUAAAUAGCGUUUUUAGGCGUUAUUUCGGACUCCAAAAUGGAUAAAUCCAGGUCCAGUGCCUACGACAAGUUCGUGGGCUACGUGGAACAGCUGCGCAAUACGGAAUGCAGUCAAAAGCAGAAGAUAACAUGCUUCCAGCAGAUUGCCGAGUGCAUCAUGUCGCCCUCGCUGGCGGGACACAUCAACUAUGCCGCCCACUGUGGCACGGCCAUGAAUGUCCUGCUGCUCUUCUGCGAGGAUGUGGAUUCUGUGGUGCGAAUGAGUGCCGAGGAGAACCUCAACAAGAUCCUCAGGGCACUGGAAAAAACCCGGGUCAGUCGCAUCCUCAUGGAUCUCUACGGCGAGAUUAAGCGAAAUGGUAAUCAGAGAUCCUUGAGAAUUUGCCUGAACCUGUUCUCCUACUAUGCCCCGCAAAUAAAGGAGAAGCACAUCAAGUGGUAUGCAGUGAGAUUGCUCCAAUGCAUGACCACCAUUUCCCAGCGUAGGGAGACACUGCUUCAGGAGACCCUCUGCGAUUUCGUCAAGCACUUUGGUCGUUAUAUACAACAGGGUCUCAGCGAUAGCGAAUCCUGCAAGCUCUUCGAGACUUUUCUGGACAAUAUUAGCUCCGAUUGUGCCGUCAAGCGUCGUUGUUCGGCCCAAAAUUGCAUCAGUCUUAUUGAGCAUGCACGCAAUAGAAGCCUCAUGGCCAGACAUGGAGUCAACAAAGUGAUGGAACUCCUGCUGACGGAUCAGCAAACGAGCAGCGUGCUGGGAGCCUUGGGUCUGCUGCGCCUCCUGUUGCCGCAACUCAUACGAGGCCACUCGGCCGAUGGCCAAGAGGAUUCCGAGUCCUUGGCCGGAAAGAGGCAGCAGCACCAGCAGCAGACAACGACCUCCGACUGCCGGCAAAUUAUUGAAAUUUAUGAUUAUUGUUUGCACCUGCUGAGCACGCAGCACACCGCGAAUCACGCCAUCAUAAAUGCCACCCUGGAGGUCAUCAACGGCAUACUCCAGUCCCUGGACGCCCCAACCAACGAUGGCCAAUGUAGCCAGAGUCUGGGCCAAAGUUUGCGCCAACUGUUGUGCAAUCAACAACUGCAGCACAAUGAGUAUUUGCGGCGAAGGAAAUCAUUAAAGAAUCAAAUAUUCCAAUUGAAAAAUUACGAAGUGGCGACAAGUCAACAGCAGCUCGAGGAUGAGGAUGAGGACGAGGAUGUGGAUGGGCCGGCGGUUGGGGCCACUGCAGUGCAAAUGAAAAAGAAUUCAAAUGCAAAACUGCAGCAGGCGAAGUGUCAACAGCAGCGGCAACAACAGCAACUCGAGGUUGACAACAGCUCGCUGGGAAUUAAUGCCGGGGAAGAUGCCACGACCGAGGCUCCAAGUUCCGUUGCUGAUGAAGGGGGAUCCAUGGAGGCAGCGAAGCAGCGCUGCCACAUUAGGAAUGCCGCACGCAGCAUCAGCGAAUGCGUUGCCUCGGAUGAGGACAAGCAGGGGCAAGGACACCGGCGGCGGCGGGACGAGGAUGAUGAUAGGAGGGCAGUGGCGGCAGCGGAGGAGGAGCAAGAUGAUGAUGAUGAUGAUGACGACGACAUGGAGCUGCUGAGUGCCGAGUGUGAUGACUUUACAACCCUGUCGCAACUAAAUGAACAACAACAGGCGCUGUCAGCGGCAUUACAAUUGCCCGCAACAACAGCAACAUCGCAGGACGAUAAACUGAUUGAUGUUGAUGCCGAUGUCGGGGGGCUGCCUAAACCGCAGCAUCAGUCAUCUCUGCAGAAUCUGCUCGCCGGCAGCGAUGACAAAUCCCAGCAUUUGAGUGACAUCGACAAUGAAUCUUUCAACAGCAUCGAUUUCGAAGCCGAAAUCACAAUUGCCGGCAGCAAAGAGCCGCAUCAGCAGCAGCAGCAGCAACAUCCUCCGGCGGAUGAUACGGUGGAAUCCGGCGAUGCAACAGCAAUUGGCACAUUCUUCAACAAUCUGCUGUCGCAUUCCAAUGCAGCCUCGGAGUCGGUCAGUAAGCUCUUUCGUCAAUCAAGCGGCUCUAAGUCCACGCCCUCCAAGUCGACGCCCGCCGACAAAUCGGAUGCCAUCUCGACUGCCUCGCUCACGCUUUCGCUCACCUCCUUGGCCAGCAGCAGCAACACGGAGCCGCCGGAGCGACAGCCCUCGAUUGCGGAGACGCCCACGCCGCUGGAGGACUCUUGCUCGAUGACUGCCUCCCACACCGCCUCCACCGCCCUCAUGAUGGAUCCACCGGGCGUGGAUGUGGCAGCUUCUAAGCCCGAAACACCGCAGUUGCGAAGCACGCCCAACGCUAAUCCCUUUCUAGUGGAGAACUCGCCGCUACGGCAGACUGUUGUCGGUCGUGCCCAGAUCACCGUGAAAAUUGGCAGCAUCCUGGAGCAGUCGUUGGUCUACUAUACAGCUCGUUUGGUGGCAGCUCGGUUCCUGCUCAGUGGACAGGCGGCGGGAUUACAGCCCGAUAGCAUCAGUAGAGUAUCCAUUAAGAGUCUCUCCUUGGCCGUGAUUGCGCAAUGUGUACGCUUGGCUCCCAGGGUUCUUCAACUCAGCGUGGAAAUCAGCGAUCGGGAAUUGCAGCUGCUGGAGGAGGACGUAUCCCGGGACAGUACUCAGGUGUCCAGUCCUCAAAGCAGCGACAAUUCACAAGUGGGCGGAGAGAAGGCUUCGAUGGAUAGUAGCCUCAUUCAAACCGAUCUGGAGGAUAACCUGCUCCUGCUGGACAUCAAAGACGACCACUUUGGCCCCAGCACCUGUCCAGCUUACCUGCAGCCGGCUAUGCCCACGCUGAGUCGCAGUGCAGAUGCUUCGGUUCUUCUGCUUAGUGGAUCCUCUUCCUCUCAUCCUGCAAAGAAAUCUGCGCAGGAAGAGAAACUCUCUAAGUCCGAGAUCAUUGGCAGCUCAUUUAAACCCACAGUGGCAGCUGAGGAUGUGCCACCGUUGAGCCUGCCGCCACGUCCACCCAAGCGCACAAAGUCUACGCGCAGUCGCUCAGGAGUUCUGGGAUUAAUUUCCACCUCUGGGACGCCUCCAACUCCUCAAGGCUGCCAGGCACUUUCGGAUAUUCUGCUCUUCCAUGACCACACCGAUCCCAUUUUGCGUGGUGGAGUGCAGCAAGUUGUGGGUUACUUCCUGCAAUCCAGUGGAGCUGGACUGUUUCUGGAACUGAAACGUAAUCUUGGUCUGCAACACUUGCUGGCCAUUUUGUUGAAGGGCUUUGAGGACGAGAUCCACACAGUGGUUAUACAAGCGUUGAAUGCAUUCGAUAAGAUAUUUCCGCAUGUGGUGUCCAAAUAUUUGACAGAGCCGCCAUGUCAUUAUCAUGCUCAUCAGCAGCAGCAGCAGAAGCAGCAGCAGCAACAGAAGGAGCAGCAAGACCAGGAGAAGGACAACCAGGAGAGGGACCUGCAACGACAUUCAAGUGGACAACAAAAGCGUCCGGGCCAGGCGCAAACAUUUGGCCAACAAACUUUUGCAAAGGACCAGGAUAAUGCCUUAAGCAGUCAACGGCUGCAACAAAGGCGUCCUAACGAUGCCGGGACAUGUGCCAAGUCCUCGGCCACUGAUAAUGAUGAGCUACUGGCUGUUCUUUUGAAUGAUUUCCAAUUGCAAUCGACUGGGGUGCAGCAGCAGCAGGAGCAGGAGCAGCACACUGGGCAGUUGGGUAAUGAGCCCGAUCUCGAUACCAAGUCCAAGCCCAAGCCCAAUACCGAACUGGUUGAACCCUUCUGUGUGUUUGCCAUCUCACCCAAAUUGCUCUUGAGCAAACUCCGGCUCUGCCAUCACAAUAAAUAUUGGCUGGUCCAGAAUAAAUACGCCGAAGUUAUUUCGAAUUUAAAUUACGUGCUGCUGCGGUCGUACUACGCAAAUUCUCGUUGUACCAUCAUCGACAACAAAAACAGCGGCGCCAAGGAGCAGGACUCGAGGCGGCCGUCAAGGGAUGCCUGCGAUUCUGGCCGGGAUGCGGAGGGCGAGGACAUUGUCUGCACUUAUGAGGCGCAAUUUCUGGCUGAACUUUUACAUCUGCUCGGCGACGAUGAUGCGCGGGUGCGGGAACACGCCGCCUGCUGUCUCUGCCGCUUUAUAAUGCAAACGGCGCGCCAGGAUCCAUCGAAGGAGGCGAGGGAUGAGGGCACUGGAGGAGCAGGAGAUGGUGGCGGAGGCGAAAUCGAAGGCAAUGGCAAUGGCAAUAGCAACGUCAACGUGGAAACUCAACAAACUAAUUUCAAUUUGCUGUGGGAUUUUUUCGACUAUCGCAUAUUUGGCAGCAUGUCCGUGACGUUGCGUAAUUUCCGGGCCAGUUCGACGAUUGUGCCGCCUCUGGCUGAAUUGGAUGCAAUGGCCUUCUCCUCCUCCGCCUGUGCCUCCGCCUCAAUCUAUCCAGAAACGGGCAGCACGUCCAGCUCCUCAGCAUCGGCAUCUGCCUCAUCCGGAUCCAUAGCGGCAGUCUCCGCGGCGUCCGCCUACUUCGAGGCAAGUUACGGCAUCGGCAUCGCCGAGGGGCAUGUUUUUGCCCUGGCAUCGGCAUCCCAACGUCAAAUCGCGCAGGAGGGAAAAAGUUUUGGCCAAAGUUUGUAUCGCUUGACAAAUAAAUUGAUGACGCUGAAUGAUAAAAAUGUACAGUUUGGCAUAAUUUACGCGCUGCGCCUCCUGCUGAGGCACUUCAAUUUCGUGGACUAUCAACAGGCCUGGCUGGAAUUCCAUUUCGUUGAAAUUUGCAUUAGCUAUGCCUACUACAACAAUGCAACAGCUGCGGACCUCGGCUGCCAAGAUUUGAUUGAUGUGAUGGGCAAAUUAAUGGCAGGUGCCAUGCUGAGCUCAGGUGAGCCAAGUGCCCCCCAUCUGGACUUUCUGCUGCGUCACAGUGUCAAGAUGCUGAACAUCUACUAUCACCUGGUCACCAAUCAGCGCCACCCACCGCCCACCAGUUCCCAUUCCGGGAGCAGCAGCAGCAGCGGCAGCUCCAAGCCGCCCAAGAGCGAGCUCUUUGCCCGCGAACAGCCAGCGGCAUCCCUUCAGGCUCUGGGUUACUUUGCCGGCGAUUACGUUUACAUGAAACUUUACAACAUUUUAAGAGGUGCUAAUGACAGCUACAAGAUAACCAUAAAUCACGAGGCCGGCAGCUUAUUAAUUUGUCUCCUGAAAACCUGCCUCAAUGCGUUGGGCCUGUGUCUGGAGGGCUUGGUGAGUGCCUCGCCCCCGGAGCUGAAAUUAAUCGAAGAAAUACUCCACUAUUUGACCAAGCUCAUAAAUUAUGCGCCCGCCGAGUGCGUUGCAUGUCUGCGGCAACUGUUGAAAUAUUUAUUCGCCCAAAAUUAUGCCAGCCAAGUGCGGCUGCAGCCAUCGACCAUCGGUGGAAGGCACCAUGCCGCCUUUAUACGUCCCUACUUUAGGGCCAAGGGCAGGGGUCACGGCGCCGGCUCAACAUUGUUGCCGACAAUAAAUUCAAAACCGGUGGAGGGAACAGGAGCACAAAGAGGAGCAGGAGCUGGGCAACCAAUUGAUACUGCCCCACUCCAGGCAAUGGGUUUGCUCUUUGAGCAGGGCCUGCAGCCGACCACUCCACCGACGGGCGAAUGCGGCCGGCUUAUAAAGCUAUUCGAGCCGCUGGUCAUAUACUGUCUGACGCUCUUCAUGAAAUCCAAUGCGCUGGUUCAGGCACCCAUACUGCGAUUGCUAUCCCAACUGCUGGAGCUAAAUGUAACCUAUAGUAUACUGGACUCCAAGAAUGUUAUAUUCGACCAGAUACUCAGCAACAUGGAUCUGAUUGAAAAUGGAAUAGAUAGGAACGCCUUCAUCAUUGUUCCGCCCAUGCUCAGAUUCCUUGUGCAGCUAACAAAGAGCGACCGACAACUGAUCACCAUACCCAAGAUCAUCAGCAUACCAACAAUCUGCUGGCCAACGGAUGUGCGCGAGGUGGCUUUGCUAGCCCUCAAGACCCUCAGCUACGAGCUGUUCUUCAUGCACAGCCAGCUGGAGGAGCUGGACACGGAGGGCCAUAACUCAGGUCGAGCGGCGUGCCAGAGUCCUUUGAGUGCGGCCCCCACGCCGGAAACCCGAGAGGCUUUGCUGGCGCAGCGACGCGAACUGGACACCCAACGGGAAGUGGUGCUGGGCAUGCUGGAGAAAUUCAUCGAGGCACGACCGAGUCAACAGGUCCUGGCCCUCCUCCUGCUCUUCGAGCGGAGUGUUCAGCAACUGGACACGCCACCAUACCACCGAAGUGCCCAGGAUGCGGACGCCGUGUACGGGACGCUGUGUCGUGGCUUGUGCUCGCAGUGGCGACUCCACUCCGCCGGAGAUCUGCGGCUCCUGGAGAGCUGUUUCCGCAACAACGGCAACCAUGUGCUGGCCGACAGCAAGGGAUUCCUGCAGCUGCUGCAGCUUUUCAUCGAGCAGGUGGGUUAAAUAUGCAGUGGCCUA